AUGUCGCUUAAAUACAACCCCAGCUCUAGCGCUGUUUCUGAUGCACAUUGGACGACAGUGUUUUUGUCUACUCGGGACGCCAGUGCAGAAGUUCCGAUAGACUUCAUAACACGUCCAGGAGUCUACCUUACUCAAGCUUGUUUUCCGAACGGCGUAUAUGAUGAUAUUCCAGCACAAACAUGUCUCUCGGAUCUCUUAGCGAGUGGCUUCGGCCGCAUUGUCAUCGAUCUAUAUUGGGACAAUAUCAACCGUCAAUUCAAUCUAUGUCCCGUUGAACUGCCUCCACUUGCAGGCAACUCGACAGCCGGGUAUAGUGUUGAUUUUUCAGCACUAUCGUCCAUAACAUCUACGACUUCUUCCGCCUUGAACCCCACCGAGCCUCUGUCUGCUCCCACUAUCGAUCCCCUCGUCAAGCGCCAGUCUGGGGUCAACAAUACCACAACCUCCAUCAGCGCCACUCCUGCCACUACCUCAGUGACGAGCGCUGCGCCCAUUCCAACUACCACUGGUGUUGCUGGUACUGAACUGCUUGAGCUAGGACCAUUCAAAUGUAGCCUCGAUUUGAAUCUGGAUUCCAUAAUGUCCUUAUAUAAUGAUUACUUCGAUCAGACAUCCGACACUAUCUCGGCACGCUUGCAUUACAUUACCUUCAAUUUGCAUGCUGCGUCACCCUUUACCGCCCCUUCUGAAUCCGCCAAUACACCAAUGCAAGCACGACUGCCUCGAGGCGACAGUCUUAUUGGUUCACAAUUCGAGGGUAACCUUCCUCAGGAUCUUUACACUCCAGAUAAACUCCAAGAUGACCGCGACAACCUCGAUAAGUCGUGGCUUGAGGGCAACACGGACUCGAACUAUUUCAUAGUCGAUCACCGGGGCGACGACAGCAUCACAACGGACGGCUGGCCGGGCGAAUCAUCGAUUCUCUUGGCCUCUCACCGUCGACUCCUUUUGAGUUGGGGAGAGGUCGAUCCCCAAAUGCGCGCGUACGAUUUCCAAAAUGACUCAGGCAAUGUUUUUCCUAGCGACUAUCUCGCAAUUGAGCACAAAGUGACAAUCAAUGAUGAAGGCGAUAUUACCUCCGGGUGCUUUUAUGACCCCGGUGUCACGACAAUCGGAGCACAAAACUCCUCUGGAGCCUACACAACGAUCAACAACAUUAUACCAUCACAGACCCUGCAGCACAUGGUUCAGAAUCUCACUGCUUGUGGUAUAUCACCAAUGUUGAAUGUCACACUGGGGAAUUUAACCGUACAGAAUGAUCUAGAUGCAUACCAACAAUUCGCCCGGUCAACGGUCUUUGGAUGGGCCUCAGGUGAGCCUAGAACUGGGUCACAAACCCAAACAACCCAGAAGAGAGCCAACGAUGACGAUGAAGACUACGCUUGCGCCGUCAUGGAUUCUACGAGUGGAUACAUGGGUCGUUGGCGAGUAGAGCCAUGUCAGAAGCAACACCGUGCGGCUUGCCGUAUCGCUGAAGAGCCAUUCGCUUGGCGACUAUCAACGUAUGAAGUGCCAUUCCAAUCAGCUCCCGAUGCCUGUCCAGAAUCAACGACCUUUAGUCUGCCUAGGACUGGCCUUGAGAAUACCUAUCUUUAUCGCAAGAUUAUGAACGACUCGAGCUCUGGAGGGGAUGAGUCUAUCUUGUCCGGAGUCUGGAUAGAUUUCAAUUCCCUGGAUCAGACAAAUUGUUGGGUCAGUGGAGGGCCAAACGCCUCGUGCCCUUAUAAUGGCCCCGAUGAUUCGGAAGACCAGCGGGAAGUUCUCAUUCCAACAAUUGCAGCACUGAUUGUUCUCAUCCUCACGGUCCUGACAUUGCUAGUCAAAUGCAAUGAGAACAGGAGAAAUAGCAGGACUCGAAGUAGAAGAGGAGAUGAUGGCUGGGAAUACGAAGGAGUACCAUCAUAA